AUGAUUUUCUUUGCAGUGCUGCUAUUGAGAAAACUACACACACCCAUGUACAUUUUAAUCGGCAAUCUCUCUUUAACAGAUAUCAUCAUUACAACCACCGUUCUUCCCAAGAUUAUAUCUGUGGGCUUAUUCAAUGACAUUGCCAUUUCUUACUCAGGGUGCUUCCUGCAGCAGAACAUCUAUUUGGCAUUUCAGGCAACUCAGAGUUUUCUGCUUGGUGUCAUGGCUUUUGACCGCUAUGUGGCCAUUUGUAAUCCUCUACGCUACAAUGACAUUAUCACUCUCAAGAUAUGUGCUCUACUUUCAAUCUCGUCUUGGAUUAUUGGAAUUCUAAUAACCUUUCCAGUUGUAAUUAAAUCAUCAAUGUUACCUUUCUGUGGGGACAAAAUGAUGUUUUGGUUUUGUGAUUUCCCUCCUGUCAUUGCACUCUCCUGUUCAGACACAACAUCCCUGUUGUUCCAAGCUCUCGGGUUGGCUUUAUUUACCAUUAUGAUUCCUGGAUAUGUCAUUAUUUGGACAUACAGUAAAAUAAUUUUAACAGUUUGUAAAAUUAAAUCUGUGGAUGGCCGUAAAAAGGCCUUCUCUACCUGCUCCUCACAUCUCACUGUUGUAAUCCUGUUCUAUGGUGCACAUCUGAUUGUUUAUAUUAGUUCCACAGUAAAUAAUGUCCGUCCAAGUGUUCUCAUCUUGAUCUCCAUUAUCAACUGUAUCCUGACUCCUUUUGCAAACCCCAUCAUUUACAGCUUCAGAAAUAAAGAGUUAAAGACUGCUAUUCAGAAACACUUCCUUUUUCCUCGUUUACAUCCCCUGUAA